UUUCCUCCACCAGGGAAAUAUCGGUGUUGUUUUUUAAGUUGGUUUUUUUUUUUUUUUCUUUUUGCAGUAGCUCACUUCCCAUUGACUCUGUCUGUUAGAGAUAACUGUUCCGGAGGUUGGGUGUAUAUUUAUUUAUAUAGAAUCAACUUUCCUGGUUUUUUUUUUCUUUUCUUUCCAUGGCAGGAAUAGAUAUGUCUCCAUUUCUACGAAUAAGCCUCUCCAAUUUUGAAGUUGGACCUUGCCUUCAGUCUACUGGAGAGGUGAUCCAGAAACCUUAUUGUGCUGUGCUUGUAAAAGAAGUUGUUGAAUCAGAGAAUGGCAAGAUAUAUGUCCAGAAGAAACCAACCAUGUACCCACCAUGGGACAGCACAUUUGAUGCUCACAUUCGUAAAGGAAGGGUAAUGCAUAUCAUCGUCAAAGGCAAGCCUGAUGGAGUAGUCUCAGAAACCACCAUAGAGCUUAACUCACUGGCAGAGCGCUGCAAAAAGAACACUGGCAACAUGGAAAUAUGGAUAGAACUCAAACCACAAGGCAGAAUGAUAAUGAAUGCAAGAUACUUCCUGGAACAGUCAGAUCCCAUAGGACACUAUGAAUCAGAGCCAGAAAGUCAGUUUGCUUUACGUCAACGCCGUGGGGCCAUCAAACAGGCCAAAAUUCAUAAUGUCAAACAUCAUGAAUUUACAGCAACAUUCUUCCCUCAGCCUACGUUCUGUUCUGUUUGUCAUGAAUUUGUUUGGGGCCUUAACAAACAAGGAUAUCAGUGCAGACAAUGCAAUGUAUCAAUCCACAAGAAAUGCCUUGAUAAAGUAAUUGCGAAAUGCACAGGAUCUGCAGUCAAUAGUAAUGAAACAGUGCUCCACAAAGAACGAUUUAAGAUAGACAUGCCACACAGGUUUAAAAUGCACAAUUAUAAAAGCCCGACCUUCUGUGAACACUGCGGGACACUUCUAUGGGGCUUUGCAAAGCAGGGAUUAAAGUGUGCUGAGUGUGGUGUGAAUGUUCACCAUAAAUGUCAAAGCAAAGUAGCAAACCUCUGUGGGAUUAACCAAAAAAUGAUGGCGGAAGCACUGGCAUUUGUAGAAAGCAAGCAGCAGGACAGGAGACAACGGGAGUCUGAACGAAUAUACAGAGAAGGGCCUGUUGAAGUUGGUGGACCAAGCUUAACCAAUACCUCACCUUUAGUUAUAUCAGAAAAGAAAGGACCCCAAGGAAUUGCAUGGGAGAUGCCAGUUGAAGACAUUAAGUAUCAAGAGCCUAUUGAUUCAAAACUUAGGAUAGACCAACCAUGCAGCCAUAUCAAAGUGACCUUCAAUGACUUUGUUCUACAUAAAAUGCUGGGAAAAGGAAGCUUUGGGAAGGUAUUCCUUGCUGAAUUGAAAGGUGCAAAUCAGUAUUUUGCUAUGAAAGUCUUGAAGAAAGACGUAGUAAUCAUGGAUGAUGAUAUUGAGUGUACCAUGGUGGAAAAAAGAGUUCUCUCCCUGGCCUGGGAACAUCCCUUUCUCACUCACCUGUAUUGUACAUUUCAAACCAAGGAAAAUCUGUUUUUUAUAAUGGAAUAUCUGAAUGGUGGUGAUCUAAUGUUCCAUAUUCAAUGCUGCCUCAAGUUUGAUCUCAUCAGAGCAACGUUCUAUGCUGCUGAAAUUGUCUGCGGGCUGCAGUUCCUUCAUUCCAAAGGAGUGAUAUACAGGGACUUGAAACUGGACAAUGUACUCUUGGACAUGGAAGGACACAUAAAAAUAGCAGACUUUGGUAUGUGCAAAGAGAACAUGUUUCAAGAUGGAAAGACCAGCACCUUCUGUGGUACCCCAGAUUAUAUAGCUCCUGAGAUUUUACUGGGCCAAAAAUACAAUUAUUCAGUUGACUGGUGGUCAUUUGGGGUCCUUCUUUAUGAGAUGUUAAUUGGCCAGUCACCAUUUCAUGGCAUAGAUGAAGAUCAACUAUUCCAGUCUAUACGCAUGGAUGAUCCAAUGUAUCCACGUUUCCUCAGCAAGGAAGCAAAAGACUUAUUAGUCAUGCUCUUUGUCAGAGAACCAGAACGAAGGCUUGGAGUAAAAGGCAAUAUUCGCCAACAUUGCUUCUUUGAACAGAUUGAUUGGGAGCUGUUAGAAAACCGAAAAAUUGAGCCACCAUUUAAACCUAAAGUGAAAUCUGCAAAUGACUGCUCUAAUUUUGACAAAGAAUUCCUAAAUGAGAAACCAAGAUUGUCAAGUAGUGAUGCUCGGCUGAUUAAUAGCAUGGACCAAGAUAUGUUCAAAAACUUUUCAUUUGUAAAUCCCAAAAUGGAAACUGUAAUCUGCUGAGGAGAUCUCACAGUGUGACCCAUCGACUGGAGUUGUCCUACAAAUGGCUAUCAAAAAACAUUUUAUUCCACAUGAUGACAGCCAUCCUUCAAGUAGAAAUGGCAACCACAAAUAGAUUUCAGGGCAUGCAAUAUAUACUGUGAUUUGUAUAGGUUAUUAACUUUCCAAAUGUUGUAUUAAUCUAGACAACACCAAUGUUCUAGUUAUAUGUCCGUAGCCAGUGCAUAAACUAGAUGUUCAUAGUGUAUAAAAUAUUAGGAUCUAAUGUCUAUGUGCAUGCGCAACAAAAAACAUAGGUGCUGUACCUUUGUCAUAUUGAGAAAUGGUAUGAGCUGAUUUAGAUAUAAGAAUAGAAGUUGGCCCAGAAAGUUACACUGUAUGACUUGAUUUUCUAGAUAGUCAAAAUAUUAACCAGGGACUGUGCUUUUUAGCUUGUCACUAAUUUCCAAGUAUGUCCUGAAAUCUAGAUGCUAUUAUUACCCAUUGUAUUUUGUGCUUUGUUUAUUAACCUCUACAUCUUGACAGGCUGUAUUGACCUUGCCGAAUCAAACAUGUGACUGAGAUACAACAGUUAGGAGUUUAUUCACUAAAAUCUGAACAGUAGUAAAUUAAAAUCCAAAUGGCAACAUUUAAACUAAAAUAUCCAACCUGUGACUAUAGCUCAGGGGUUCUCAAACUCC